AUGAUGCCCUUUUGCCACAAUAUAAUUAAUAUUUCCUGUGUGAAAAACAACUGGUCAAAUGAUGUCCGUGCUUCCCUGUACAGUUUAAUGGUGCUCAUAAUUCUGACCACACUCGUUGGCAAUCUGAUAGUUAUUGUUUCUAUAUCACACUUCAAAGAACUUCAUACCCCGACAAAUUGGCUCAUUCAUUCCAUGGCCACUGUGGACUUUCUUCUGGGGUGUCUGGUCAUGCCUUACAGUAUGGUGAGAUCUGCUGAGCAUUGUUGGUAUUUUGGAGAAGUCUUCUGUAAAAUUCACACAAGCACCGACAUUAUGCUGAGCUCAGCCUCCAUUUUCCAUUUGUCUUUCAUCUCCAUUGACCGCUACUAUGCUGUGUGUGAUCCACUGAGAUAUAAAGCCAAGAUCAAUAUCUUGGUUAUUUGUGUGAUGAUCUUCAUUAGUUGGAGUGUCCCCGCUGUUUUUGCAUUUGGAAUGAUCUUUCUGGAGCUAAACUUCAAAGGCGCUGAAGAGAUAUAUUACAAACAUGUUCACUGCAGAGGAGGUUGCUCUGUCUUCUUUAGCAAAAUAUCUGGGGUACUGACCUUUAUGACUUCUUUUUAUAUACCUGGAUCUAUUAUGUUAUGUGUCUAUUACAGAAUAUAUCUUAUCGCUAAAGAGCAGGCAAGAUUAAUUAAUGAUGCCAAUCAGAAGCUCCAAAUUGGAUUGGAAAUGAAAAAUGGAAUUUCACAAAGCAAAGAAAGGAAAGCUGUGAAGACAUUGGGGAUUGUGAUGGGAGUUUUCCUAAUAUGCUGGUGCCCUUUCUUUAUCUGUACAGUCAUGGACCCUUUUCUUCACUACAUUAUUCCACCUACUUUGAAUGAUGUAUUGAUUUGGUUUGGCUACUUGAACUCUACAUUUAAUCCAAUGGUUUAUGCAUUUUUCUAUCCUUGGUUUAGAAAAGCACUGAAGAUGAUGCUGUUUGGUAAAAUUUUCCAAAAAGAUUCAUCCAGGUGUAAAUUAUUUUUGGAAUUGAGUUCAUAG